GUGGCACACGAGGGGCCACCAUAAUACCUCAUUAUAUGACGUCACAAACCAGGAAGUAGCGCACAGGCGGCAAACCGAGUGGGCUUCCCACAAUGAAAGGAAAAUGUACACCACGGACGCAUUUGUCUGUAUUUUGUCGGGCGAAACGCGCUGGUGAUGCAAGAUGAGCCAAAAAAGAAGAAGAAGAGCAGCAGCAUCUUCCAGCCAUGCCGUCAAUGAAGUCAAGCCCCCUGUCAAGAAGCACAACAUCUGCAUGGUGUGUGACUUCUUUUAUCCCAACAUGGGAGGAGUGGAGAGUCACAUUUACCUCCUUGCCCAGUGUCUUAUUGAGAGGGGACACAAGGUGGUCGUUGUCACGCACGCCUACGGUUGCAGGAAGGGCAUCCGGUACCUGACCAAUGGCCUGAAGGUUUAUUACCUACCCCUGCAGGUGAUGUACAACCAGUCCACCACCACAACUUUCUUCCACAGUCUUCCCCUUCUGCGCUGUGUGUUUGUCAGGGAGCGCAUCACUGUGGUGCACGCUCACAGCUCGUUUUCCGCUAUGGGCCACGAUGCUUUGUUCCAUGCAAAGACCAUGGGUCUUAACACGGUGUUCACUGACCAUUCGCUUUUCGGCUUUGCUGACAUCAGCUCCGUGCUAACCAACAAGCUCCUGACGGUGUCGCUGUGCGAUACCAACCACAUCGUAUGUGUGUCCUACACCAGCAAGGAGAACACCGUGCUGCGUGCGGCGCUCGACCCGAAGAUCGUGUCCGUCAUUCCCAACGCAGUCAACCACACCGACUUCAUCCCCGACCCCUCUCGCCGCCAUGACAACAGGAUCACCAUCGUCGUGAUCAGCCGUCUAGUCUAUCGCAAAGGCAUUGAUCUUCUUGGUGGUAUCAUCCCAGAGCUCUGUCUCAAACAUCCAGAUCUCAAUUUCCUCAUUGGUGGGGAAGGACCAAAGAGAAUCGUGCUGGAAGAAGUGAGAGAGAAAUACCAGCUUCAUGACCGGGUGCGCCUGUUGGGAGCUCUGGAGCACAAAGACGUCAGAGAAGUUAUGGUCCAGGGCCACAUCUUUCUCAACACGUCGCUAACUGAAGCUUUCUGCAUGGCCAUUGUGGAGGGAGCAAGUUGUGGACUGCAGGUGGUCAGCACUCGUGUAGGAGGCAUCCCAGAGGUGCUACCCGAGGACUUGAUCACACUUUGUGAGCCAACUGUGCGCUCGCUGUGUGCCGGUUUGGAGAAGGUCAUUGCACGGCAGCGUUCCGGGUCAGUUGCCUGUCCCGCCUCCAUCCACACACGGGUGCAGAACCUCUACACCUGGAAAAACGUGGCAGAGAGGACUGAAAAGGUUUAUGAUAGAGUGUGCGGAGAGGAGGUGCUUCCCCUGGACAGACGCCUUCAUAGGCUGAGAUCCCACUGCGGACCUGUGGCUGGCUCCCUCUUUUCCUUUGUGGCGGUUCUAGACUUCUUGUUCCUGUUGCUCCUCCAAUGGCUGGUGCCCGAUCGGGUCAUGGAUUUAUCUGUGGAUGCCACCGGUCCUCUGGGACUGUGGAAGCAAGAACCAAGCAAGAAGAGUAAAGGCGAAUCUCAAUGUAAAAACGACCUCAACUCUUUUCAAGGCUGCAUGGCCCACUUUUACACACCAUUGUUAUACAUACCCUGCAUUGAGCGUAACUCUGGGCGAGGGCGUGAGGCGUAUGUGGGAGGUGCUAAGUGCCCACAUAAGAGGGGAGAAGACGGUCUAACUUCCAGGUUAGUGUGUUCCACCCAUACUGUAGUGUAUAGGUUUACUGUUGGGUUACAAGUCAACAUGGUGGCUAUUCGGACGGAAGUUUCUCCAUGCUUGCAGUAUUGGCAGAGACCUUUGCACGUCUACGGCGGGCUGGUGUGCAACUCUCUGAUGGCUGACUCCUGGUCGGACCGAAGUCCCCUGCAUGAAGCGGCCUAUCAUGGCAGACUUCUCCAAUUGAGGACCCUUGUAGCCCAGGGCCUCCAUGUCAACACACUCACUAUGGAUGCGGUCUCCCCUCUCCAUGAGGCCUGCCUGGGUGGUCAUUACGCUUGUGCAAAGUACUUGCUGGAUCACGGUGCAAAUGUGCACCAGGUGUCAUCUGGCGGCGCCACCCCUCUCUUCAACUCAUGCAGCAGCGGUAGUGCCGCCUGCGUGCGGCUCAUUCUGCAGCGUGGCGCCUCAGUCCUCCCCGCGCACCAACUUGCGUCCCCCGUCCACGAGGCGUCAAAGAAAGAUCAUUCAGAGUGUUUGGACCUGCUGCUGGCGUACGGAGCGCACAUUGACAUGGAGCUUCCCACGAUGGGGACGCCUCUGUAUUCCGCCUGUAUGGCCUCCGCCGCAACCUGCGUGCAUGUGCUACUACACUCCGGAGCAGACGUUCGACUUGGGUGCGGACAAGACAGUCCGUUGCACGCCGCAGUCCGAGGGGGCGGAGCCACAGUCGUGGACGUUCUCUUGGACUUUGGUGCUGAUCGCUGCUGCAUGAACACUGAAGGCAAGACCCCGCUAGAUGUGGCUGCACCAGACAGCAGAGCGAGAGCUACACUUCAAAGCAGAGGUCCUUGCUCGCUCUCUCAGCUGUGUCGCUGCUCUAUUCGGAGAAGUUUGGGGAGGAGUCGCCUCCACAGAGCUUCCAGCCUCAUCCUCCCACAUACGAUCCAGAGCUACCUCCUCUACCAAUGACAUACCUUGGCCAUGUAUGUUGGUUUAGCUUGUAUACUGGAUGCUUAUAAAACAUCUUUUUAAUUUAUUUUAUGUACCUUGGUGUAUGUUCUACUGCUCAAAUCAACUGUAUACAGUAAAUGCUAAUUCUCAUGAAUCUUCACAAUGUGCUAACUGUGGCAGCCCUAUUAGGCACCAUGGACAGCUCCAGUUGGCAUUUGUCGCCUCCUAGUGGUGAAAAAAGGGAUAUUUUCGAGAAAAUAAAAAACAAAACACUGAAGAACCUUUAAAGUGGACCACGUGAUGCUGGUCAACCUCCAAUUUUUUUCAGAUUUCAAAGCAAUUUUCCCAUAGGAAAUAAUGUAAAGGGAACUGGAUUGGAAGGGGAAAUCAGAAUCAGAAUCAGAAUCAGCUUUAUUGUCAUUACGCAAGGUAACGAGAUUGAGGCCAUUCCAUACAGUGCGAUGUGUGCAUGCUAGAAAAACAAUGUGCAAAUAUAUAAAAAUAUAAAAAAUGUAGAAGUGCAAUGAAUAUGGUGUGAAAUGAAUAUAUACAUGAAAAAAACAAAAACAGGGUGGUUGGUGGAAUGGGUUAUUGCACCGAAGAGAAGGCAGUUAUGAGGGACAAUGGGGCAGUCCGUUCAGGAUGGUUAUGGCCCUGGGGAAGAAGCUGUUCUUUAGCCUGUGGUUGCAGUGCAGAUUUUACAUACAGUAAUAAAGUAACACGUAACAUCCACCCAUCCAUCCAUUUUCUACCGCUUGUCCCUUACGGGGUCGUGGGGGAUGCUGGAGCCGGAAGGCGGGGUACACCCUGGACAAGUCGCCACCUCAACGCAGGACCAACACAGAUAGACAAGAAACAUUCACACUCCCAUUCACACACUAGGGCCAAGUUAGUGUUGCCAAUCAACCUAUACCUAGGUGCAUGUCUUUAGAGGUGGGAGGAAGCCGGAGUACCCGAAGGGAACCCACGCAGUCACGGGGAGAACAUGCAAAGUACACACAGAAAGAUCCCGAACCCAGGACCUUUGUAUUAUUAUAAAUUGCUAUAAACGUAACAAAAAAAUUUAAAUUUAAAGUAUGUUCCUGGGUCCAACUGUUGCCAUUACAAAACAGUAAACAUUCUUAAAGUGUAAAAAUGUAAAUUUCAAUCUGGAUUUUUUAUUUUGUUUCCUCAAAAAUAAAUAGAAAUUUAAACUGCAAGCAACGUUGACGGGCCCUCACCCCUGUUGCACCAGGGAGUUCACGCAAGUUGGCCCUUGCGGUUCUCUGUAUUUCCCCUGCGGGGCUUGCUCCGCUGCUCGGGCCCUAAUUAUAGCUGCAAUCAGCCUUGAACGGGCCCACGCUACCCGAGUCCUGUUGGGGUUCAUGAGAUUCUGCCGGCACGCAUGACGCUUGCGGUCACAUCCUUCACGAUGCCCUGACCCACCAGAAAAUAUUUCAGGAAGUUCAGGGCAUGUGUAAAGAAGUCAAUACGUUUAUGUUUCCACCACAAGGGAGAGAUAAUAGUGCUGCAGUAGUAAAGCAGUUAUGUAGCACCAAACACCCUAACCCACCAUCUUAAGAUUUCAGGAAGAUCGGAGCAUGUGUAAGGGAGUGGGGGCCACGGUGGCAGGCUGCAGCUCUUCAGGCGCUGCCCAGCCGUCCAUCGCCCCUAAGAGAUUUGCGUCAAGGGCGUUGGAUGGGGGGUGGGGUAUGUGUGGAUAUCUUCACGUCCUCGACUGCAAGGGUUUCCAGGCACGCAGCACUCCUUAUUCUCCCAAGAGUCCGUCGUGUGUCCAGCAACAACCGCUCUGUCACGACAAACAGGUUCCCCUAAACCCAAGAUCUUGUCAAUUUCAUUGAGGCCAGUUAAAUAGU